AGUACAUUUGACAACGUCAAAUUGAGGUUAUGUUGUCAAAUUCGCGAACCAGCUAUAAUAGCGUUAUUUUUCUGUUUUAUUGCAUGAAUUUACAUUAAAUCUUUAUUAGAAGUAGUAUCUUACAGUGCAGUUAGUCAAAAUGACCCCAUCAAAAUGCCCUGUGAAGGAAUUAGACGAGAAAUACGUCAAGUUAAUUGGCAAAUUCGUCUCUGACAUUAGAAAUGGGAAAUUACGAGGCACAAAUAACAUUGCUUUGUCAAUGGUUACGUUAUUGGAGACAAUUAUAACAGAUUCUCAGAAUGCUACAGCUUUUGAACUCUGUGGCACAGUCCGUGCAGUGGGACGUCACGUAUCCUCAGCGUUACCACAUGAGCUGGUUGCCGCUAACGUGGCCCGGAGAGUGCUGAGAGCUAUCCGGGACGAGAAUAGGGCUCAUGCUAAUCAGAGUAUAGAAGGAUCAGGCGAGAGUCUCCAACGCCUGGUGCUGGCCGCUGGCUCCCGUCGCGCCACCCUGGGUGCUGCACAGCAUGACUUGAGGGAACCAUUGAGAGACCAUAUUGCUGAGCUCCGAGGCGAAAUAGAAUCCAGCAUAUCUUCAAUCUGCAGCCAAGCUCGAGAGCACGUCCACGCAGACGAGCUGAUCCUCACUUGCGGAGGCAGCGUGGUGGCUGAGCGGUUCCUCAGGGCUGCAGCACCCAGGAACUACAAGCUUAUACUGGCCACAGGGCCCGACACCACACAGAGUCACGCGAUGGCGAAUCGUCUGAGCGCGGCCGGCGUGCCGGUCACUGUGAUCGGCUCCGAAGCUAUAUAUGCUGUCAUGUCAAGGGUUAAUAAGGUGAUAAUAAGCGUGAAGGCGGCGCUGAGCGGCGGCGCGGUGUUCGUGGCGCCCGGCAUGCACGCCGUCACGCAGGCCGCCAAGCACUUCAGUGUGCCCGUGCUAGCCCUAGCUCCGCUAUACAAGCUGUACCCGGGGCACGGGAACUACGCCACCAUGGUCAACGGGCUAGCCGCGCCACACACUGCCAUCUCUUAUGAUCGUCCGGAGACAGCGAGUGCUAAUGUGCACGUGUUCGCGCCGCAGUAUGACUUCGCGCCGCCUGACCAUGUCACACUGUUCAUUACUAACUUAGGCGGCAGCUCACCAUCAUACAUGUAUCGGAUGGUUUCCGAACUCUAUGAUCCGAAUGACAACUGUUUGUAAAUGUAUUUAAAAAAUUUGAUAUAGGGAAGUCUGCUUUAACCCUACAGAAAACAAAAAAACUGGGCAAAUGCGAGUCGAACUUACGUAUGAAGGGUUCCGUACCAUCAUCAUGUCCCGAGCCUUUUCCUAACUAUGUUGGGGUCGGCUUCCAGUCUAACCGGAUGUAGCUGAGUACCAGUACUUCGAAGGGUUUUGUACCAUUAUCUAUAAAACAAAAAAAUACAACAUGUUUGUUGUAUGGGAUCCCCCUAAAAUAGUAAUUAUAUUUGAAUUUCCAGUAUUUGUUGCCUCAGGUAGUGUCUCAUGAACCGUAAUAGUAAGACAGCUGAAAUUUUCACAGAUGAUGUAUUUCCAUUGCCACUAUAACAACAAAUACUGAAAAAUAGAAUAUAAUAAUUAUUUCAGGUACUAUUUGUUCGAUAUUAAUAAAAGUACGGAACCCAUCGUGCGUCUAAUUCGCAAUUGGCCAGUUUUUUCGCUUUCUCAGCAAUUUUGUUCGUCAGGUUAAAGCAGGCUCCCACUUCGUAUAAGUUAGCUCAUCUUCGAUAAAGAUCGUAAAACUUCGGAUGAUUUCGGGAACUGUGAAAUGGGUGUUCCGAAUUAUAACUCGCUACGAGCACGACCAGUAAUAUUUGACUUUGCCCGCGUCUUAAUUAAUGUAAUCUAAGAGAUUAUUUUCGGAACACACUAUAAAAUCUCUUCGAUGUAUUUUUUUCUAAUUCUAUUGACGUAUUGAUAUUGUGUAGUGGAGAGAUCACGGACUGUCAAACGCAGUUUAAAGGCUGUUUCCAAUUUACGAUCUAUCUUUUUUAUGGGGCUAAUGUCAAAAUUCUAUAGUUAUCGGCACGAAUCUUCAGCUCUGACCUACAUCUGCGCAGAAGUGAUUUAUUAGCAAAGAACCAAUCCCGAGUGACGGCUAUGACGCGAUGCACUGCGGGCCAAUCACCGCUUUAGCCCGCCCCCGCGCCUCACUUCAUACCACAAAAGGGACACAAUAAAUUACUUCUGCUCAGGUGAAGGUCAGAAUAAAGAAAUAAUUGAUAGGAUAUUGGGAGCGGCUGUAGGUCGGUUUCCAAUGAGAUGGUAGGACGAUCAGAGUUCAGCAUUCGUCCUGUUGUGAUGAUGAUAAUUGAUAUUGCGUUUACAACGCUGGGUAGUAGAUAAUUUUACUGACAAUCUAUUUUGAAAUUCAACUUUUAUGUGUAUGUACUUCUAUGUGUUUCUAAUAAAAACAUGAAAUAGUCAAAUAAAUAGUUUCGUUCUCGCCAAACAUUUUGUCGUCCUGUUUUUGACACCGUUUAGCGAGAACUUAUACCGUCGUACCACAAAAACGUUUAAACAUCUGUUGAACACUAGUCUAAAAAAAUACAGACUAUGACGUUGGAAUAAGGUCCGUUUUGCAGCCAAUUUUUUUUAGACAAGUAUUCAACAGAUGUUUAAGUUUUUGUAGUAAGGCCAUUGAUGUUUAGAAGUUCUAUAAUAAAUAAUAAUGCUGGCUCAAUGUUUAAAUUGUAAGUAGAAUUGUCUAAAUUAUACACUUCCCAUGUAAAUAAAUUGUAUAAUAAAAGAAUUUUAUACAAAA